UCGUCAGUCAGAACACUGCACUUGUGCGAACGUCGGAGUGUUUACAAUUGACGACUUUGAAAUGACUUAUCUUCUUGAUCAACAUUUUUAACGUUUUUUUUACCUCAUCUUUUAAUCAUGAUGUCUGCAUGAGUGCGCGUUUAUACAGAGGAAAGGGUGAAAGGAGUCCAGAGGGGGCGAAGGCUGCUUCCUACAUCCAGGACAUGGAGCUGAGGGAGGAAUGGCAGGAUGAGGAGUUCCCCAGACCUCUUCCUGAAGAUUCCCAUAGUCCUGAGACCCAAGGAGAAAAUGCAGAGAGACCAGCUCCACCCACCAGCCUGGCCCUGUCAGAAAACCCCAUAAGGAAGAAGCGUCUGGUGGCGCCCACCCUCAGCCUGACCCUGUCCCGUACCGAUUCAGCGGACCGCAGCGUGAGGUCGGGGGACACCGGGUACUCUGCCGCCGCCCUCUCACCCGACGAAGAUGACACGGAGCUGGACAUCAACCUGGAGGCCCUGGAGACACCCUCGGACAGCGAGUCCUGCAACUUCCCUGACAGCAUGCACGAACUGGAGUGGGAGGAUGACCUGCCGCGGCUGGGCCGGGGGGAGGAUGGUGUCUCAGGCACCACGGUGAUGGAGCAGGCAGAGAUGGGCUCCAUGGAGCUAGACCAGGUGGACAACAGGGGGCGCCGCUGGAGAAGGUUCUGCGUCACAGGACAGGAGUACCACGUCAACAUGAGUGUCCUGGAGCCAUACCUCCAGGUGCUCUCCCACGGAGGUUAUUACGGGGAGGCUAUGAACGCCAUCAUCACGUUCUCCUCCUGUUACCUACCAGAGAACACGGUGGAGAACUAUGAGUACGUCAUGGACAAUCUCUUCAGGUACAUAGUGGGGACGCUGGACCUGAUGGUGUCAGAAGGCUAUGUCAUGGUGUACCUGUGCAGCAUGGCUCCCAGGAAUAAGAUGCCCGCCAUCAAAUGGCUGCGACAGUGUUACACCUCCAUUGACAGAAGGUUGAGGAAGGAUCUGAAGGGGCUCUUUGUGGUCCACCCUGCCUGGUACAUCAAAGCACUCAUCACUGUCGUCAAGCCUUUCAUCAGUGACAAGUUCAGCCGGAAGAUCCGCUUCAUUCACAGCCUGCAGGAGCUGUCCGAGUACAUCCCCAUGGAACGCCUGCAGAUUCCCGACAGCAUCCGAGAGUAUGAUGCGAGGAUGAACGGGUGAGGGACAUAUCGUGGGAAGCCAAAGAGCGGACAUUUUGAGUGGAUAGGCGAAGGAGGGGAAGACAGCAGACAACCAGGAACUAUGGGCUGAAUUACCAUGGAAGUCAACUAGUCCAAAUGUCACCCUGCAGGUUUACUUGGACGUGCAGCACUUUGUUGUACAGAAAAUGAAAGACUUUGUGUGUACAGACACACCUUUUAUUUAUUCAUCGUUGAAUGUAAUGUCACUAAAGAAGUUCACUUCCCCAAGCCACUGGCUUUGCAACAGUUUCAUAACUGCCCCUAUUUUGUGGUACUUGAAUGCAACCCUAUCAUAUGUAUUGAUGCCAGAGUGAUUUGUGAGACCUGUCGUCAAGGAGCAACCUACAGUCAGUUUGAACACAACAUUUAACACUAGAGUUAAAUGAAAGGUCCAGAUGGUUUUCUGUUACAGUUACCUUCACUGGAACUCACAUUGACAUUUACUGCUGCUUCAUCUGUAGGGGCUUACUGCACUCUAGUGCCAAGUACAACACUUUUGACUGUCAGGUUGUCAGGGAGAUGGGAUGUCACCUUUUAAUGUUUACUAAAAUGUGAUUGAUGCGCAACAAAUACUUUAGGUUAAGAUGGAGACACAAAGUGUAUUUAAUAAAAUAAAUCAGAAUUUACAUCAUGACAUAAAUUCUGACGUAUUUUACUGACCUUGUAAAACCUAAGCCUUUUUAUAGCCUACCCUCAGAGCAAAUAUUUAUGUAAGAACUCUUGAACAACCUGUACUUUAAAAUGUAAUUUUCUAACCAUACUUUCUAUAGCUGAAUGAUCUUCUCACUUUUUAAGAUAUUUGUUUUAGAGCACUGCUUACCACGUGUGUAAGGGCUUUUACACUAUUUAAGGAAGGGGUGUCACCAUGGAAAUGCUGCAGGCAUUCAGGAAAUGGGCUUUGACAGCCACAGGAAGUGAGGUAGCUAUGGAAGAAGAAUACUGCUGCCUGCAUUUACUGUAACUCAGGAACAGUGACUUGUCCAUUAAUUAGGAAUGAUGAUGAAUAUUAAUCUGAAAAUGAAAAACAUUUUUCUGAAAAAGGGAGCUAUUGAAUGUAUUGUUUUAUGUUAGUCCUUUAUGCUGAUUAAAAAACAUGAUCUGGCGCACACACAGAAAAAAGUGUUUGUGUGGAGGUGCUGACUAACAACAAAUAACUUAAGCUAUCAAAAUAAAGUCGCACACUCCAUAUAUAAACUCCCAGUAAUUUAUUGGGAAUUUACUAACGUUUCGGCAUCACUGCCUUCUUCAGGGUAAUGUCAUGAGUACUUGAAACAGGUUAUGUAGAGAAACAGUGCAAUUAGUGCAACCAAUGACAAUGCUACCACUGGAAAUGGUGUUUUUUUCAAUGUUACUGCUACUGAAUUAUAACACCACAUUGGGGAUGUUUUUAAAUCUACAGAAGUCCUCAAAAGACUUCUUUAAAAGACUGGUGGUAGGUAACAUUUAUGUACACAACAGAUCUUAAAUACAUGAGACGAUGAUGCAUUCAGUAUUAAAUUAGUAUUCAGUAAGAUUAUAUGGUGGUUGGUAUGUCAGCGGGGUGUUCUGAAAUACUCUGAAUUGUGUUGCAUUGUGGAGGAGGAAACGGAAUGGCCUCAGAUAGAUAUGGUGUCCUUCGUUAACACGACUGGAGUUGUCCUUCGUUAACACGACUGGAGUUGUCCUUCGUUAACACGACUGGAGUUGUCCUUCGUUAACACGACUGGAGUUGUCCUUCGUUAACACGACUGGAGUUGUCCUUCGUUAACACGACUGGAGUUGUCCUUCGUUAACACGACUGGAGUUUGGCUGCUUGUUUCUCAGGGAUUAUUUUGUACCCCUCUGCAUUCACAUCUUUGUCCCGGUGGUCUGUCUGCUCGUCAGUUGUUCAUGUAAAUAAAGUUGUUAUCACGGGA